GUCGUGUGCGUGGGAGUGGGGGGCGGUCUACGUCAGUGCAGAUCACCGGGCUACACAUUUUACACAAGGUGCCGGGCCAGUUGGAACCCAAGCCGGAUUUUACAUCUUCAUUCUUACCAAUCGCGCCACUCUCUUCCACAAACAAGCUAAUUAACCUCUCCGUUUGAAGGUCUCCAUACCAGAGAGUCCCCCCGGUCCAACAGCCCGGCAUCAGCUCUACGGCAGGCACCACGUCCGAGACCCCCGCCCACUCCGCCCUAGAGCUCCUCCACACUCCCAUGCUCUCGGGCCGCUCCUGAUCCACCACCUCCCGUUCUUCUCAGCGACAGACCACACCCCCCCCCCCCCCCCCCAAGAUGGAGGACGACGGGCGCUACCGGGACGGCCGCUCGGACUUCAUCCGCGGCGCCAAGGAUAUCGCCAAGGUGGCCAAGAAGCAGGUGGGCAAGAAGAUGGGCCGUGGCGCCGACAAGAUGGCCGACGAGUACACCAAGCGCUCGUACAAGCGCUUUGAGGAGGAGGAUGACGACGACGACUACGGCGGGGCGCCGGGCAAUGACGCGGGCUACCACCGCAACGACAGCCGGGCGGCCAACGACGAGGACGAGGACGCCGCCGGCCACAGUGACUCCACCGAGGGCCACGACGAGGACGACGAGAUCUACGAGGGCGAGUACCAGGGCAUCCCGCGGGCCGACUCCGGGGGCAAGCCGGGCGGCGCCGAUGGCCUGGGCGCCGGGCAGGCCCCCUUCAGGGACCUGUCGGCCUACGAGGCGGAGCGGCGGAAGGACCAGGAGGAGCUGGCGCAGCAGUACGAGACCAUCCUGCAGGAGUGCGGCCACGGCAAGUUCCAGUGGACGCUGUACUUUGUGCUGGGCCUGGCGCUGAUGGCGGAUGGCGUGGAGAUCUUCGUGGUGGGCUUCGUACUGCCCAGCGCCGAAAAGGAUAUGUGCCUGUCGGAGCCCAACAAGGGCAUGCUGGGCCUGAUCGUGUACCUUGGGAUGAUGGUGGGGGCCUUCGUGUGGGGCGGAAUGGCCGACCGGAUUGGCCGCCGGCAGACCCUGCUCAUCUCCCUGUCCAUCAACAGCGUGGCCGCCUUCUUCUCGUCCUUCGUCCAGGGCUACAGCUCCUUCCUGUUCUGUCGCCUGGCCUCCGGCGUGGGUAUCGGAGGCUCCAUCCCCAUCGUGUUCUCCUACUACUCUGAGUUCCUGGCCCAGGAGAAGAGGGGCGAGCACCUCAGCUGGCUCUGCAUGUUCUGGAUGAUCGGCGGCAUCUACGCCUCCGCCAUGGCCUGGGCCAUUAUCCCCCAUUACGGCUGGAGUUUCCAGAUGGGCUCGGCCUACCAGUUCCACAGCUGGCGUGUGUUCGUCCUGGUGUGCGCCCUGCCCUCAGUGGCCGCUAUAUGUGCCCUCACCACCAUGCCCGAGAGCCCCCGCUUCUUCCUGGAGAACGGUAAACACGACGAGGCAUGGAUGAUUCUGAAGCAGGUUCAUGACACCAACAUGCGGGCCAAGGGCUACCCAGAGAGGGUCUUCUCUGUGACCACCAUUAAGACGGUGAAGCAGAUGGAUGAGCUGGUGGACAUGGGGGAGAGCCUCGCCUGGCACCAGAAGUGGAGGAUGAAGCUCAGUGCCUUGUUCCAUCAGGUACGUGGUAACUUCCUGGCCAUCUUCUCCCCAGAGUACCGCCGCACCACCUACAUGAUGAUGGCCGUGUGGUUCUCCAUGUCCUUCAGCUAUUACGGCCUGACGGUGUGGUUCCCAGACAUGAUCAAGUACCUCCAGAAGCAAGAGUAUUCGUCGCGCACCAAGACCUUCACCCAGGAACGCGUGGAGCAUGUCACCUUCAACUUCACCCUGGAGAACCAGGUCCACAAGAAGGGCCAGUACUUCAACGACAAGUUCAUGAACCUGAAGAUGAAGUCAAUGGUGUUUGAGGACUCUCUGUUCGAGGAAUGCUACUUUGAGGACAUCACCUCCAGCAACACCUUCUUCAAGAACUGCACCUUCAUCGCAACCCUUUUCUACAACACAGACCUGUUCAAGUACCGGCUGAUCAACAGCCGACUCAUCAACAGCACGUUUCUGCACAACAAGGAGGGCUGCCUGCUCAGUGACGUCAGCGACGACAACAACGCCUACAUGGUGUACUUUGUCAGCUUCCUGGGCACUCUGGCCGUGUUGCCGGGCAACAUUGUCUCCGCGCUGCUCAUGGACAAGAUCGGAAGGCUGAGGAUGCUGGCCGGCUCCAGUGUGAUCUCCUGCGUCAGCUGCUUCUUCCUGUCCUUCGGUAACAGCGAGUCGGCCAUGAUCGCUCUGCUCUGCCUGUUCGGAGGCAUCAGCAUCGCCUCCUGGAACGCCCUGGACGUCCUCACGGUGGAGCUCUACCCCUCUGACAAGAGAUGCACUGCGUUUGGCUUCCUCAACGCCCUCUGCAAGCUGGCCGCCGUACUGGGCAUCAGCAUUUUCACCUCCUUCGUGGGCAUCACCAAGGCAGUGCCCAUCCUCUUCGCUUCGGGGGCCCUGGCGGCCGGCAGCUUCCUGGCCCUCAAGCUGCCCGAGACGCGGGGCCAGGUACUGCAGUAGUGGGCAGGUGGGGAGUGCGUGAGUUGGGUGGCGGACGGGGAGGCAUCAGAAAGGUGUUAGCCACACUGUGAACAAGCAAAAAACAAAAAAAUACACUCAAGCCCUUGACACUCUACCCUCUAACCCCGACUCCCCCCCCCCCCCCCCCCCGGAUGUAACACAAAAUUAACAACGGUCAGAUCUCUGCAUAGAAGUCAACGCGAACCGCCCACCGGCUGUGUAUACAUAUAUUAAGAUAUUCUUGUCAUUUGGAUUCACCGACCAUCAUACAGACACACACAAACACACCAUGCUCUAGAGCGAUUGGUGGGUGUGGUGAAAGCCUGUGUGAUGCUUUUAACAUUGGUGGGAUCCCGGUCAGAUAUUGCAACUGCCGAGAUUCUGAAUCGGGGGCCAGUUUAUAGUGCAAGGCGCCUUUUUAUGAGUGCAUCGUUGGUGUGUUUUUUUGAGAUGGGGCCACUAGCACAAAAACACCAGUGGCCCAGACUGGGGUAAGAGGUUAGAGAACCAGGGUCCUUGAGAAGGAGCAAUGCAAAUAGACAGAGUGAUGAGGAUGAUGACCACUCUCCAUUGGCUUCAAACGUCUUCGACAUAAUGUUCAUCGCUAUUCACAUCACCUCUACGGUCCUCUCUGCCUUUAAAUUUUUUUAUUUGAAAAGAAUAAAUUACUUUUUAUUUGAAGCAUUGUUGAUCCUAAAC